GAGCACAUGAAUCGAAUCCUUUUAUUGGUUCCGUGCGACAAAAAUUCUUUACACGGUUUCAUUUCUAGUAAUCCAGCGAAGUGAGAAUUUGCAAUACCCUCAUCAAAUAUUUUUACUACUUUAGAAAUUCCCUAUCCAUUUUCAAAAAUCGAUUCCUUCCGAGUUACAACUCAAACCGAGUCCGAAAUGUCGGAAUCGUUCUCAACCCUUCACGAUCUAAUCAUCCAGUUGUCGGAGCCACUCCGGCGAACCCUGUCGGAGACGCCGUAUACUCCGCCGGAGGGAAGCAACAUCUCCGUCAAAGCCGUACUCGAUCAUCUUCUUCCCCAAAAUCCCUCGCCGGCAAACCCUAACACCGGCGACAGCCGGGCCUCGAUCAGAGACUUCGCUCUCGCGUGCGCUUUGCUCUCCUCAUCCAAGUCCUCAACGCAUGACCUUCUCUCAUGGAUUCCUCGGAACCUUUCGGCUUCAGCCGAAUCGGCGGUUCGCGAGCUCUCCAGUGCAUAUUCCGUCACUUUCCGGGAAGCGAAUGAGAAGAUGAUCGGCGAAUUGGGACUGGAUUGCGGUGUGGUUCCCGAGGAGAAGAGAUUGGUCGUGGAGUUGAUGCCGGAGGUGCUUCCGAUGUUGAAGGACGCCAUUAAAGAGAGCUCCAUCGAUAAGUCGGACGACGCCGACGAGGUCUCGGCUGCGUCGGCUAGAGCGCCGGUCGGGUUCGCCAUUGUGGCCGCUUAUCAAUUCAGAUGGUUCGUUACACAGAUUGAUUAUCCCCAUUUGGGAAAGUUGUGCACUUUGGUGAUUCCUUAUGCGCUUACUGCCCUUGAUCACUGGUCCCCAGAAGUUAAAGGGCAGGGCAUGGUUAGCUUUAUACACGUAGGGAAAAAUGUGAGUGCAGCUGAGCUUGGCUGGUAUGAAGAUGCGAUUCUAGAUGCUUGCUGCCAGAAUAUUGCCUGUAGUGAUGAGAUAUGGCAUCUUGUGGUGGAGAUGUCUGUGCUUCUUGUGACUUGUAUCCAGCGGGGCAAUCCUCGCAGUUCGUGGUAUGAAAGAAUUCUAAAUGAGAUGUUGAGCCAUUUAGAGCGCCAACCAAGGAACAAAGAUAUCCGUGUCGUGUGGCUUCAACAUAUUGAGCCGCUUUUCAGUAGUGUCGGACUCGUGUUAUUAGCGAAUUUCAGGCGAAUUUUUCCUCUUUUCUUUCAAUGGAUGCAUGCUGAUGAUGAUGAGACUGUUCUACUGGUUCUGAAACAAGUCUAUACAGUCAUAAGGUUAACAUGGAUCAGGAACACGCCGUAUGUUGAAAGGCUGGUGGAUGAGCAUGAGCUUGCUGCUUUGUACAAGGGAGCAUCAUCUAAAAAGUCAAGUGAAGACAUUAGAAAACUAAUUUCUCAGAUCCUGAUUCUGCUGCACCAAUGCAAAGGCUUGCAAUUUGAAGCAGCAUAUGACAAGCACGGAGAUGAUCCAAAUUUGACCGAUGCUGUUCCCUCAUUGAGAGAAAGAUACACUGCAAUGAUGAUAGAUAAUUUUGAGGUUUGUACUCUUAAAUGAGGGCUCAAGCCCUUGCAAAUCCAUUUAGUUAGCCAUACAUUGCGAGCUACGGGGUCAUGAACUUAAGGUCCUCCAAUGAUCACUUGGUGAAUGUCUUUUGAUAAUCACAUGCAAUUCCUUCGUAUAGAACAAUGAACGGUGCCUAUACAAGUUACGACGGUGCCCAAUUGUAAUAUCCGAGAUUUAAUUAAGCCUUAAAUCAAUAAUAAAUAAAUUUAGUAAAUUAAAAUCAUGCAUCACAUUUACCGUGUGCUUUAAAGCUAUUUGUUGGUAUUAUAUUUUAUUAUUAUAGCUAUUAUAUGAUUUUAUUAAA